AUGUCCAUUCCAAUUCCUGGUAUUAAAGAUAUCUCCAAACUCAAAUUCUUUUAUGGUUUCAAAUAUUUAUGGAAUCCAACAGUAUAUAACAGAAUCUUUGACAAACUGGAUUUAACUAAAACCUAUAAACAUCCACAAGAGUUGAAAGUACUCGACCUGUAUCCUGGCGUUGGUGUACAAUCUGCUAUUUUCUAUAAUAAAUAUUGCCCCAAGCAAUAUUCUUUGAUAGAAAAACGUUCGAGUCUCUACAAAUUUUUAAAUGCAAAAUUUGAAGAGUCUCCUUUACAAAUACUUAAAAAGGAUCCCUAUGACUGGUCAACCUACUCUAGUCUAAUUGAUGAGGAGCGAAUAUUUGUUCCUGAAGUCCAACCCUCGGAUCAUAUCAAUGAUAAAUUUUUAACUGUUGCUAAUGUGACGGGGGAGGGGUCUGAAGGUCUUAUAAUGCAGUGGUUGUCAUGUAUUGGAAAUAAGAACUGGUUGUAUAGAUUUGGUAAAGUCAAGAUGUUGUUAUGGAUGCCGAGUACGACAGCUAAAAAACUUUUGGCUAGGCCAAGCACGCAUGCUAGGUCCAAAUGUUCAGUAGUAAGGGAGGCAUUCACAGAUACUAAACUUAUUGCAAUAUCAGAUGCAAAUGAAUUGAAGGGAUUCGAUAGUCACUGCAUAGAAGAAUGGGAUCCCGUCAUAUUUAGUGCUGCAGAUAUAUGGCCUACAAAGGGAAAGCCAAUUGCGUUGGUAGAAAUGGACCCGAUUGAUUUUGAUUUUGACGUAGACAAUUGGGAUUAUGUCACGAGGCACUUAAUGAUUUUGAAAAGAACACCAUUGAAUACUGUCAUGGACUCACUGGGACAUGGUGGUCAACAAUAUUUCAAUAGCAGGAUCACUGACAAGGAUCUAAUAAAAAAGUGUCCCAUUGAUUUGACAAAUGACGAGUUUAUAUACCUAACGAAAUUGUUCAUGGAAUGGCCUUUCAAACCAGAUAUUUUGAUGGAUUUUGUUGAUAUGUAUCAAACAGAGCACUCCGGUUGA